AGCUAUCCUAGCGAUACAUUUCGAACGGAAACGAACAAAAAAGGUGAACCCUUGAACCCCCAGUUUCGGCGUAGAACAUUCCAUUCAAAAUUAGCUUGAAGCCGCGUAGAAAUCGAAGCCAUGGCCGGAUGCAGUGGUGGAGGAGGCAAGUAUCCUGCAGCGUCUCAGUGGAAGGAGCGAAGGAGCCAGUUCUCCGGCUACCGUCGAGCAGGAGGAGGACCAGAAGGAGGAACCCAGCCCCACGACGUGUCGAUGUCGAUGUCGGUGGAGGAUCUGUGCCGCCGCGCGGACAACGUGGCCAAUCAGGAGGACUUCGAGCGCUGGAAGGACAUUGUGAAGGUGCGCUGGACCAUGUACGAGGAGCAGCGGAAGUACAACAGGCGCCGCCAGUCCAUGCCUGCGGGCCGCGAUGCCACCAUCUGGGGCAUCCUGUCGAUGGUGCAGCAGGAGCUGGAGGAGAAGCUGCAGAUGAAGAAGAUGCUGGGCAGCUGCCGGCGAUUCCCCUCGCCCAUGGCCCUCAUGGACAGCGAUCGGCUGGCGGACGGGCAGCUCCAGGAGCUCGAGGUGGUGCGCGACGUACUCUGUGGCACGGAUGAGGUCAGGCCCGAGAAAAAGCACCAGCCAGAGCCCGUCGUCGUGGAGCUGCAGAACAAACCCCUGGCAUACCGCCCCAAGGCUGAGAUCAAAUGGCGGCCCCUCACACUGCCAGAGUCCUUGAAGCGCUACUUGGCGGAGGAGCCGAAGCCCAUCGGGGAGGACAUGCAGCAGCAGCAGCCGAAGGCGGAACCCACGACGCCCUGCUUCAGUCCCAGUGAUCCUUCGGAGAAGAGCCACAGGAGAGCCGACCCUCUGCCUGGCUUUCUGCAGAAGUUCAACGAGAUUCGGAGGGGCAACCAGUCGGGGCUGCUGGUGCCGGCCAAUGCCUUGCUGCAGCUCGCCGAGGAGCUGUCGCAGAAUGCCACCUGGACUGCACCCGACUGGACUGCACUCCCCCUGGGGGAGGAAAGAGGCAUGCCCCAGCGUAGCCGCCCCCACCGCAUCACCGAUGACCCUGACUACGCGCAGUACGAUCCCCUGCUGCUCUACGUGAACGAGAAGUUCCACCUGGACGCCGGGUCCGCGAUGGACGUCUCCGCUCGAGGCGAGGACAGCCCUGCCAGCUUUUACAGCGCCUUGGAUGUGUCCGAGCCGGACUCGGACGCGGAGACGGAAGCCCUUCUUGGAUAUUGCCCGUUGUGCAACAAGCGGCACAUGCGUUUGCCGCCAUUCUGAGCCCCCCCUCCCCGCCCACAGGCUACGAGGCGAAAAUAAAGCAAAGGUGCAGGUAGCCUCUCGUCUAUGGGGUCCCAGCCCCCACCCCCGCA